AUGGCCGCACUCCGCGCGACUUCUAGAUGGGCAGUCUCGGGUACCCCAAUCCAGAACAGCCUACUCGACUUCCAUGGUCUCUUCAAGUUCCUUCAUUUCGCACCUUACGACGAUCCAAAAGUGUUUGAUGACGAUAUUUCGAGCAUAUGGCGUACAAAAUCCGUCGAAGAGGCCGGCGAGACGUUCAAGAAGCUACUCUCAUGUGUGAUGAUCCGAAGAACGAAGGCUAUCUUGGAUCUGCCCAGCAAAGAUGACCAUCUGAUGCGUGUGCCAUUCAAUCACGAGGAAGAAAUACAUUAUCGCCAAAUAGAACAACCCGUCAUGGAUAUGCUAGACCGCAACACGGGAGACGACAGCCAAACACAGGCCCCGUGGAUGACUGCUAUACAGCAGAUCAACAAGCUUCGUCUUAUCUGCAACCUAGGCGUCUUCACUCCUUCCCAAGCCGACUACGCCUCGCAAGCCGGCAAUCCCGAUGACAAGACAUCGAUGAUGAACACACGCUUUUCAAUGGACGGAGGAUCAUCUAGUGUCGUAUUCUCGUCCUGGACUUCCAGUCUCGAUAUGGUAGAGAGAGCGCUGCGGUUUGAUCCAAAUCAAGUCAUUCAAUCCGUCCGAAUUGAUGGCAAGAUUACGCCCAAGAACCGCAGUCUCGCCAUCAAACGGCUGCAUGACGACCCUGGUAUUCGCGUCAUACUCAUCACAAUUGCUUGUGGUGCCUGUGGUCUGGAUCUAACCGCGGCAUCGACAGUCCACCUCCUCGAGCCUCAGUGGAACCCGUCCCUCGAAGAUCAAGCACUUGCUCGCGUCCAUCGACUAGGGCAGACUCGUCCCGUGACUACUAUACGCUAUGUCAUGGAAGACUCGUUCGAAGAGCACAUCCUCGAAGUUCAAGAUCGCAAGAAGCUGCUCGCCACAACGCUCCUAUCCAACGGGUCUUCGCUGGAGAACCUGCGACAAUUGCUGCACGAAAGGAAAGGCGGUCAACAUGCUUGA